AUGAUCAAAUUCAACUGCGCCGAACAAUUCAUGAUGCUUUGCAAGGCAGCUCGCUUCAGCGACUACGAUCGCCAGCGUCGAAUUAUGGCAACGGAUAGCCCGAAAGAACAGAAGAGACUGGCAAAGCUGACCGUCAACUUUACGGAAGCACGGUGGGACGAGGUGAAGAGUCAGGUCGUCGAAGCUGGCAACUUGGCCAAGUUCAAUCAGAACAUCCAUCUCCAGAGGAAGCUGUUGGCAACAGGCGACAGGAUACUCUGUGAAGCGGCAUCCAGAGAUCGCGUGUGGGGAAUCGGGUAUACGGCUAAGCAUGCAAUGUCGCAAAGAAAGCAUUGGGGGGAGAACCGGCUGGGGAAAGCUUUGAUGGCCGUCAGGACACGACUUCGUGAAGCCGAGGAAGAGCAGAGACGCGUCGAAAGGCCGUGGGAGUACGAGGUCUCUAGAGUGACUGGCACUUGA